AUGAAUGAAUGUAAAGGUAGUGAUGUGCCAAUAGACCCGAAAUUAAAGUUACUUACUAAUGAAAAUGAUAAAAUGACAAGCAAACCGUUUAGACAACUAAUAGGAUGUCUUAUGUAUGUAAUGAUAGGAACAAGACCAGAUAUUUCAUUUGCAUUAAACAUGUUUAGUAGAUACCAGGAUAGAGCGACAGAUGAUAUGUGGAUGUACUUAAAAAGGAUACUUAGAUAUUUAAAGAAAACGUGUAAUGUAGGUUUAGAGUAUAAAAGAGACAAAAGCUUUGACUUAUCAUGUUAUGUAGAUUCCGAUUGGGGAAAUGAUGUCGAGGAUCGAAAAUCGGUAACAGGGUUUUUGUUUAAAUUGUAUAAUAAUACUAUAUGUUGGGCAACGAGAAAGCAAAAUUGUGUAACAUUAUCAACCACUGAGGCAGAGUUAGUGGCCUUAUGUGAUUCAGUUAAGGAAGGCAUAUGGUUGAGAAAAUUAAUCUUAGAUUUUGGAUUAGAUGGGAAAAGGGUUACCUAUUAUGAGGAUAACCAAGGUUGUAUAGCAUUAGUUAGAAAUCCUGAAAAUAAUAGAAGAGUUAAGCAUUUAGAUUUAAAGUUUAAGUUUAUUUGUGAACAUCUUGAAAGGAAGCACAUUGUAAUAACAUAUAUUGACACGUUACGGCAGCAAGCCGAUAUUCUUACUAAAGGGUUACAGUGUGGUUCAUUUAAUAAGUUUAAAAUAUGUAUUGGUCUAAGAGAUUUUAGCGAGGGGGGGUGUUGA